AUGGAGGGAGCCUUGCUUUGCUUAGCCCUUGCACUUUGCAGGCACAAACUAGCCCUGGCUGGCUAUGAGUUCUGCAUCCUGACCUUAGAGGAGAAGAUUGACAAGGAAAAGGACUUGCCUGAGGAUGUCUUACCAGCUGAAGAAAAAGCCAACACCCGUCUCUUGCUGGGGAUGAGCUUAGAUGGCUAUGCUCGGUAUCUCUUAAGCAUUAACCAGCUCUCAGUAGCCCAAAAAAUGUAUGAGAAGGCUCUGCAGAUCUCAAGUGAUGUUCAGGGAGAGACACAUCCACAGGUGAAGUGUAGA